UUUCAAGAAGACAAAGUUUUGGAUAGCAUUGACCUAAACAGGCUUCUCUGUGAAAAAGGUGUAACGUCAUCUGAAUUGAAGAAGGAAUGCAGAAAAAUUUGUUUUAUUAUCAAAAACACUUCGGAAAAUAUUGCGCAUGUCGAGGCUGCUUACAGAAAAAAAGACGACAAAAAAGUAAUAUUUCUUGUUUUUGCUGAAACAGAAAUCCAGAAUCAAUCGAAGUGGGAAACAGAAAUUAGAAUAAUGAACAAGUACUCAGAUGAAAGUCGUUCUCUAUUACAUUGCAAAGAAAACUAUCCGUUGACUGAAAACGAGUCUCGGAAGAUUGGGGAAAUAAUUGACAAGCACUCUAAGAACCUGAUGAGCAAACACAAGUUCCUUUCUGUUAUCUCCGCAUCGAAUGUUGUAUCUAAACAUUUCGGAACGAAGCAACAUGAUAAAGUUACACGUCCCUGCAUCGUGUUAACAGUUCUAGUGAAAGGAAUUAUUCCAUUAUUUGAAAAACCUUUUCCGAAAGAACUAAAGGGAAUAACUGUCGACGUUCGGGAAGGGGGAUUUCGCUUUUGUCAGCAAAAUGCGGAUGAGUAUCAAACAAAUCUGAGGAUAGGUUGUAAAAUUUCUUCCUCGACAUGCCCUGAAAAAUUUGGGUCGCUUGGUGGGUUUAUAGAGCAUCCUCAGCACGGUCUUUGUGGAAUCACUUGUGCACAUGUUGUCUUAAAUGAUUAUGAUAAGUAUCGACUGAGAGAGAGUCGGACAGGAACUGUUGAGGAUUCGUUUAACAUAGGCACGAUAUACCAACCCGUCAUAAGAGCCGGUAAUGAAAUAGGAAAAAUUGUGAAGAUUGUUUACAAAGAAGGAAAUGAAAGCACACAUGGAGUAGAUCUUGCACUUUUCAAGAUUGAAAAACGUGCACCUAUCGAUGGAGGGUUUCCUGAUAGUCAGUUAACUUCGUUUGAUGCAGGUCUAGUAUGGACAAAGGCCGGUAUUCCGUCAGAUCACAACCGGGUUCAGAAAUUUGGUUGUGUAUCUGGAAACACAACUGGAGUCAUUCAGUUCGACAAUACUGUCACUAGAGAAAUUAAAUUCGACAGUCUAAUGACAUGCGAUGGUGAAAGCAAUCUAACAACUUCUCUUUUUAAACAAUAUCUAAUCAAGACUCUUCAUGAAGACAUAAAGUUUUGUGGAGUGGGAGAUUCGGGGAGUCUUGUAUUAAUGAAAGACGAUACUGGAGGAGAUUUAGAUCUAAGAUGCAUCGGAAUGGUUGUUGGCCUUCUGGAUGAUGAAUCUUGCGUAGUGACACCUAUUGCUCCUAUACUUGAUGAACUGAAGGUCUACCAGCUAAAGCAAUUCACACCUAAUAUUUUAAAGCGUAUAAGUGACAAACUAGAUACGGUUCAUGACACAUUUGAUAGACGCUUUGGGGAAUUGGAUAACCUCGUUAGAGGUAGACAAUGGUGUAGUAUUAUGUAGAAGUUGCCAAUUAUACUUGGAAUUUUUCAAAUGAUGAACAUUAAUUGAAAAUAUCUAAUUUCAAUUUUCUUGUAAUGUUGUUGCUAUUUAUGCCUCCAGAUUGUUCUUUUUGUUGUAGCUAAAAAUGUUGCCUCAUACUUCACUUCAGUGUUGUUAAUUUUGUUUGGUCCUUUGGGAUUAUUAAUUUUAGCACCUUAAUUGUUAAAAGAUUGUACUGCUUAACCCGGUGCUAGGGGCGUGGGUAAUGUCACACUUUUUCAUUGUAACUUAAAAAAAUACUUAAAAAAUGCAAUUCUCAAUUAUACUUACUUCUCCGAAUCAAGCAAUAUCUAGACUUACAUGCAAGAAAAACUAUUCUUUAACAUACAUCUAACCAUACAUAGAUUUUUGCUGUACUAUCUAGGGCAAUUGCAGCAAUGAUCUGAUCAAUGAAAUCAUAAAAUUUCAAAAAAGAGCAGCAAGAAUAAUUCUAGAUAAAAGUUACGAUGCACAUUCCAGUGAUUUGUUUAAACAACUUAAUUGGAUGAGAUCAGAUGAAAUAAUUAAUUACAAAAAAGCAAUCAUAAUGUUUAAAUCUAUCAAUGACAUACCAUAUCUACAAUACAUGCAAAGUAAAUUCCAAUUUGUUUAUCAAAACCAUGAGCGUAACUUAAGAUCUACAAAUAGUUCAGACAUAGCUGUUUCACGACCUAAGAAAGAAUUUUUAGAAAAUCCCUAGUAUACUCUGGCCCUAAAUUAACGAAUAUUAUAUCCCUCUUAACAUUAGAAAAUCUAAAACAGUUCAGGAAUUUCAAGCUUCAUAUCUAUCCUGGCAUAUCUCUUCAUUAAAUUAAUCAUUUUAUAACAAAAUUAGAAUCUAAUCAUUUGGUGUACCACCUAAAACGUAUUUUUCACUUUGUUAAAUUUAAUAUGUACUUCUUUGACGUGUAUUAUGCUAUAACUGGACUGUAAAUAUUAACAUGUAUUUCUUGUUCUGACAAUUUCAAUGUACAUUGUACUACAUUGUUGUUGCAAUAUUGUUGUAGUCUUGUAGUUGUAUAUAUUGUAAAUUAUGUUUUUCUUAGAGGCCCACAUUGAAGAUUGGGAAAACAAAUGUGUAGUCUCGAUAAAUAAAGCCUUUAUUUACCACGGUUUGUUCUGCUUAAAGAUUUAGAAAAAGGAGAACUGUAAUAAUUUAGUGUGAAUCAUGUUUUGUUUAAGAAUAUAUUUAGAAAAAAGAAGCAUUGUAAUAAAAAUGAAAUAUAUACACUAUUUUACAAUGAAAGCGUUUUAUUCAUUACUAUUUGCAUUUAUUGUGAAUCAUGAACACAUUUAAGAUCCUAUCAAUGAAAGUUACUUUUUGCUAUAAUUAUCAUAUGUACUAUAUUUAAGAACUUAAGAAAUUAAAAAUGAGCUAUGGAAUAACCAUGAGCUGGCUUAUCAUGAAUCAUCGGAGAAUAAAAUUUAUUUCCAGUCGUUUUUAAAAUUCCUUAUCAUGCAUCACAGUAAAAGACAGUAAUGCAGUAAAUACAAUUUUUUAAUCGGAGUU